AUGGGGAAACUACAAAGCCCACGAAGUCCACCACCCACAGCAUCGUCACCCACUCGCACGCUUCCACGCAUGGACCCUCCACCUCCGUACGAGGCAGGUUCAUCACGCUCGUCUUCCGCGCACAGCAACGACAGACUACAAGGCGGGGAGUCGUCGCAAAGCCGAGCCGAUCAGCGAGGAGAUAAUGCACCAGAGCUACGAACAGACUUCCAGCAGGAAGAACGUCCCGAAACCCGAUCAGAGCUGACCAAAGCAAAACCUGAAGACGGCUGUUGCACGUUUGGUAGAGGCGCAACGGGAUGCAUGGUGUAUGGGGAUCAUGCCCAAGGCUGUAUGAACUAUGGCGACGAUACCAAUGGAUGGUAA